GCAACAUUUCAAAACACGAGUUUUUGUAUUUUUUGGUAAACAAAUUGAUUUAAUCUGAAUUUUACUCAAUUACAAUUCUCGAAAAUCUUAUUUUUUCAUCAACAAUUAUCUUAGAUCAUUUUGAACACUAUGUUGUGCCUCCCGGGUGACACUGUUACAGAGGAUGCCGAUUACAUGAGAGGUCAUGGAACUUAUUAUAAGUCUAAAGUAUUAACCUCUUCCGUUGCUGGCUGUAUUGACAAAGUAAAUAAAUUAUUAUCAGUGAGACCUUUAAGAACCAGAUAUAAUGGUGAAAUUGGAGACAUUGUUGUGGGUCGUGUGAUUGAUGUUCAAACAGAACAUAAACGUUGGCGUAUUGAUACGAGCUCUCGGUUAGAUACAAUUUUAUUACUGUCUUCCGUUAAUUUACCCGGUGGAGAGUUGCGUCGUAAAACGGUCGAGGAUGAAUUAAUGAUGAAAUCAUUUUUCAAAGAAGGAGAUUUAAUUUCCGCUGAAGUACAAUCAAUAUUUGCUGAUGGAGCUUUAUCUGUUCACACACGUAAUUUAAAGUAUGGCAAACUUGGACAAGGAGUGCUUCUUCGGGUUUCUCCAUCUCUAGUUGAAAGGAGGAAAACUCAUUUUCACAAUUUACCGUGUGGUGUUCACCUUAUUCUUGGUAACAAUGGAUAUAUUUGGAUAUCAUUACCAGUUUCUGAAGGUGUUGAGUCAGGCGGUUUUGCUAUAAACCUAGAUCCAGUUCCCUUAGCUGACCGGGAAGUAAUUUCUCGCGUCCGAAAUUGUAUUCUCGCAUUAGCCAAACAAAAAAUGAUGCUCCACAGUACAAGUAUAAAUACUUGUUAUGAAAUUUCACAGUCCUAUCAGGUUAAAGAUCUAAUUAAAUCUAAAAUCAUGACAGAAAUAGCUCAAUUGACUAACGAAAAAAUGAAAAUCGAAGAGCUACAAUAGUUGUCAUUGAAUUGGCAUCAACAUGAAUUUCAUACUUCAUACAUAUUGGCAUUUAAACCAUCAUCAUCGUCCGGAGCAAAAAAGUUUUUCUGUAUGACAAGAAAAUGAAUCUUGAAGACAAAUGUAAACAGCUUAUACGAAAAUGUUAUGAUUAACUUAUAAAUAACAAUUAUAAUGGCAUUUCAAAAGUUACAAGAUCUUUAAUUAAUGUAUUUACAUGAAAGAUAUUUUCAACUAAAAAUGAAUGAUUUAUUAACAUUGA